GAUAAUUCUACCUCUCAAGUAUCUAUAAUCAUCGCCCUGAAAAUAAUCUCAACCCCUCAAUUCACCCAUCAUCGCCUGUUAAAAACCUCGGAAUAGUUCAAGUGCUAUUUACACGCAUAACCGGGUCCAUAAUAUUCUCCCGAUCCCCUCAUCAUCUCAAUCGCGAGAAUACCCACUCCUGAAAUGAAAUGCACACAACCGCGUGAAGAUAAAACUUUUUAAUUGGCCCACGGUGGGGUCCAGUGGCGCUGUUAUACCAUUGGAAAAAUGGCGAAGAGGCACAAGGAUGUCGAGCAAUUCGUAGUCGUCAGACGUAAGUGUAGUAUCGUUUACGGGUCACCGGGAGCAAGAGAGAAAGAGAGCCAUCUCCAGCAAUGUCAUUAAGGGUCCCGUAAUAUUCCACCGAAAAGCUCCUGCGGGACGCAGUGUUGACCUGGCAUUGGAGAGAACUAGAGAAAAAAAAACCCAGGGGAAAAAAAAACGAAAUAAACAGUGACGCGCGUCAGGAGCGAGUGUGAGUGAGAGGGAAUGGAGUAUCGGGCGAACAGCGGCACCAGCAGUACGACCGGCGGCAGAGGACAGAGGAACCGUAGAGCCUCGACCCAUGUCGAUGGACCCAGGGGUUGGGAUGCUGGUUGCGCGUGCUCGUUGAGCUUCGGCCGAACUCGUGAAUCUCCGUCGAUCUCUGCGGGGGCAGAGGCCUCCCCACCCCAGCCUCUCAUUGCUGACUGCUCCCUCCCGGUCGUGAGGCACACACGCGUCUGUUCCUUCGACGAACGAGGUACUUCAUAUACGCCAGUCAAUUUUAUUGCGUGAAUUUUUGAGGCCUCAGCAGUAUGGUACACCACACCGGUACACCGUCAAUACAGACUGUUUGUUUUGUUCGUCAGUGAGUAUUGAUACUGUAAACACAACGUGUCGUGAAUUUUCCCACCCCUCCCUGAGUUCUUUGUUAUAUUCGUCCCUUUUUGAGUUUUAUUUCGUGGAAAAGUAGCCUGUGAAUAUCAGUGGACAAUUGGCAAUGGCCAUGAUCGUGUGAUAAUGAUUCGUGGGCUGGUGUAGCGGAUACCUGGCUAUUCGAGUCAAUGAUCCUCAGGCAGGAUCGCAACUUUAGGGUUACAAUAGCGGUGAAAAACUAACACGCGCCACUUAGCGACACGUGAACCCUACGUUGGAUCGAUUCUAGUGCGUGACGCGCCCGCUUUUUCUCGUGAAAAAAAAAAAGGGGGGUGAGAUCACCGGAUUUAUCGCUAAAAUCGCAAGUCCUCGGUGCAUUUUCUACUCGUUUAUGGGCAUGAGGGACUCGAGCAUCAGUGGGUGAUACAGAAGUGUUUUUGUCAGCUGGACUUCGCGGUGAGUGCGUUAAAUUCUAUCUGUAAAGCCUAAUAACAGGCCGGUGAGCCUCUCGAGAUUGUGUAAAUACGCCCACUCGGCAAUACGUGACCACGGAUUAUCAUUUUUUUUUUCUUCUGAACGUGAAAAUAAAAGUGCGCGAGAGACUGCUGUGUGUGCAUCGAGAAACUCACCAACUCCGGUUUCCUGAUUAAACUGGCUACGGUGCGCAUAGCUGAGUGACUCGAGUGAAUAAAAAGAAGGGUGAAUUGAAAGAAAAUACAUUGUUGUGCGGGGAAAGAGUGAUAAAUGUCCUUGCUCGAUGUGGAGGAGUGAGGUGCGAUGAUAUAUAUGUAAACGGCUGAAAUAUUGGAACUCGUGACGUCAAUUUUGUUCCGGGGUCAACGCUAUCGAGUUUCGGAAACGCCCCACGCGCGUAUCAAAAUUGACGUCUAUCAUCGCAAUUUCGGGGGGAAAAAGUCUCUAGUCGGGUAGAACAAUUGUUUCGGUUUUUUUUUGGUGAGAGGUAGGGGUAGUAACAUUGGUGUUGUGUGUUUGUGUGUGUUAGUUUGGCCAGAGUGAUUUGGGAGUUAAUGGCUCUGUGGAAUUAAGGAGAUCGGGAGAACACGUUGAUGAUGAAGCUCCAACUCAGGCCCAGUGGUGCGUCGACGAUGACGUCAAUGCUGAUGAUCGUCCUGGCUGUACUGUGGAUAUCGCAGGAUGUUAGAGGUAAGCUCUCAAGAAUUAUUUUAUCUACUUUGAGAGGAUGACGUAGGGCAACUUGAGCGAAUGCGAAGUGAGUCAACAAUUCUUCCAAGUGAGGCCGGUUAACAAGUCGGUGCAGGAGGGUGGCUCGGUAAUGAUUCCCUGUGUCGUGGCGAACCGGAUGGGAAUCGUUCAGUGGGCCAAAGAUGGAUUUGCCUUCGUCGUUCAACCUGGAGGCAGCAUUGUCGGCUAUCCAAGACUGAGGUUAAAGGGUGAUCAGGCACAUGGGGUUUAUAAUUUAACUAUUACUGAUGCUUCACUGACUGACGAUGGGGAAUAUCAAUGUCAAGUUGGUCCCUAUGGGAAGAGCAAAGCCAUUCGAGCUAAUGCACAUCUGGUGGUUAUCUCUCCGCCUCAAAAAGUGGAAGUCAAUGGUCAUCCCAAUCACGGUAAAAUUGAGCUGAACGUUGGCGAAUCGAAGAGUCUGGAGUGCACGGUCAGUUUCGCAAAACCAGCCGCUACAAUAGUUUGGUAUCGUGGAAAUUUUCCGAUCAAAGGUGGUGAUACGAGCGUCACUCCAAUCUCCAUUGAAGACGAUAAAGAAAUACCAAAGCCAGGAGAAGCCAAGCGGAAGCUCCUGAAAUACGACACUCGAAGUUCAAUGACAAUUGCGCCUACAGUCGAUGACGAUGGGAUGGAUUAUGCGUGCGAAGCGAGACAUCCGGCCAUUCCCAUUGACAGACCAAUGCGUGCAACAGUAAAACUCUCAGUAUUUUAUCCACCGGGUGCUCCGUAUAUUGAGGGCUACAACGAGGGUGACGUUAUACAUCGUGGUCAGAAGGUGGAGCUUGUAUGCAGAUCACGUGGUGGUAAUCCACCGGCUCAAGUGGUCUGGUUCAGGAAGGAUGAGGUCAAGAGUAGUGUUUAUCGUACCUACAACAGCCUCUCCGAGAAUGUCCUCUCAUUUGAGGCUCAGUCAGAGGACGACAAGGCACGUUACCGUUGUGAGGUAUCAAAUGUCAUGAGUGUCACACCAAUGAAAGUUCACGUUGAUUUAACAGUCCUCUUCCGUCCAGCUGCUGUUACUAUUACGGGACCCACUGAGGCUAAAGCUAAUGAGAGAGUAACUAUUACUUGCACAACAGACAAUUCUAAUCCACCGGCAGAUAUCAAAUGGACUGUUGGGGGAAUGGAAUUUAACAGUACCAACUCACAUUCUCAUCUGGCAAAGAAAGGAGGAUCGAUCACAACGUCCAAUAUCACAUUCAAUAUCAAUCAGGAUGCUAGGAGUGUUGUUGUUAUUUGUAGUGCUAUAAAUUCACGACUUGCUGAGUACACCAUGAAGACUCAUACGAUCAACGUCAUUUAUCCUCCUGCAAGACUGAUUAUCAGUGGUUACGAGGAGAAUCACCAGAUUGAUGCUGGCGCAGUACUGAAACUUCUUUGCACAGCAACAGCUGGCAAUCCCCUGGCCACUGUAACUUGGUAUAAGAACGACAAAGAGAUAAUGGGCACCAUAAGGGAGCGAGAUCACGCUGUGUCAAACGAACUCGAGAUUCUCGUUAAUGCAUCAGACAAUAAUGCACACAUGAGGUGUGACGCUGUCAACUCAGCGACAAUAAUUCCAAUGAGUAAAACAAUUAUUCUGAAGGUGAACUUUCCACCUGCUCAAGUAAAAAUAACACGUGAACCCAAGGAAUUGCGAGCUGGCGAGACUGGCAAAUUAAUAUGCGAAUCUAGUAGUAGUAAUCCAGCGGCAGAAAUGUCCUGGUGGAAAGCGGGAAUUGCGGUUGACGGAACGAAAAAUACAUCGAGAAUUGGUUUACACGGGGGCUACGUGUCCACUGUCGAACUACAGCUUCAGUUGACUGACAGUAUGAACAGUGAGGUUUAUACUUGUGAAGCGAGGAAUUCUAAGAUGCAAAGGUCAACUCACGAUGCCACGACACUGAAUAUUCUAUACAAACCAAUAUUCACGUCUAUCGAUUCGACGGAGCUGGUGGGUAUGGAGGGUGAGCCGUACGUCAUAUCAGUAUCAGCCAAGGCCAAUCCAACGAACAUUAAUUACUCGUGGACGAGGGAUGGACUGCCCUUGAGCCGAGACAGUGCGAAAAUUAAAGCACGUGACUCGACGUUGAAUAUUACGAAACUACAUAGGAAUGACGCUGGAACAUAUAUUUGUCAAGCUUCUAACAAGGAGGGUUCCACGUAUUAUCAGCUCAAUAUAACAGUUCAAUACGCUGCUGAAAUAAAACGGACAUCAGAAUCAGGAAUGGUGUAUCCUGGUGAUAGAGAGGCUAAAUUAUUCUGUGAAUUGGAUGGCAGUCCAAUUGCUGAUGAAUACGUAACGUGGUACAAAGUUGGCUCGACAACGGAAUUGUCGAGUCGUUAUUCAACCUCUUUUAUCAACAAAACUUCGUAUCUACACAUCAGCAAUCCAACUGAAGAGGACGUCGGUGAAUACAGAUGCAACGUUAACAAUGGAAUUGGAAAUGUUACGUCAAAGCCCAUCCUCUUUAUCACUAAUUUUGAGCCCCAGAUGACGAACACAGCGAUAAUGAAGAAAGCCGCUGCUAAUACUGGCUCUGAUGUGAAGCUUUCGUGCAAAGCACGUGGCUCACCACUACCGAAAUUCGUCUGGUACUUCGGAGAGAAAACACUUUUACCCAACAUGACGUCCCGCAAAUACGAGAUCUCCAGGAAAGAGGUCUCCAAAUUGGAGGUACAAUCAACAUUGACGAUAUACCACGUGAAUCAACGUGAUUACGGGACCUACAACUGCAGAACUGAAAAUCGUCUCGGCAAAACGUCAGACUCUGUACACCUCGAUGUCACCUCACCCCCAGAUCAGCCAAGUGAUCUUCAAGUUUACAACGUCACGCACGAUAGUGUUACGCUAAUUUGGAAAAGGGGUUUUGACGGUGGUCUACCAACAUCUCAUCGUAUCAGAUGGAGGCAGGCUAAUGAUUAUAUCGACAGUUAUUAUUAUCUUGACGUUAAACCCGGCGAUUACACAGCAACGAUAACAGGCCUCAAUUUGGGGACGUACUACGUCUUCAGUAUAAUGGCGAGAAAUUCUAAAGGCGAGAGUCCCUUUCUGCCGGAUCUCGUUAAAAUUCAGACUCUGCGCCCGAAUAAUCGUGACAGACAGCAGGAUGUGAUCCUGAAAACGAGUGAUAUACCCAUGAAUUAUAUCUAUACUGUAGCAGCAACGUCAGCCAUCUUUUUUAUUAUUAAUCUUUGCAUCUUAUUGUGGUACAUUGUACGAAAACGAAGUAAAGAUCGUAUCAACAAAUCCCAAACAGCCGACAUGUACGCACCAUCCACUGUCAAUGGAGACACAAUGACGGGUGAAUUAAGUUCAGUAUCGGAUGAGAAGAGUGACGUUAAUUUCGACGCUAAUGAUUACGUGGACGAGGGGAGAAAGACAGCAGCCAGUACAUAUUUAAUAGAUCAGAGUAUCCAAGAAUUUGGUAAAAGUAGCCUUGAAAUGCAGGUACAUCAUCAAGGAACACUUGGCAGACGUGGAAAUCACGUGUCCAGUAUUCUACCUAUGGAUUCACCCCCACAACGCACCACUGCCAGUGGUACACUCUCGGUAUCGAAAUCGAGUUACAUCGGGAAUCCCAGUCCAGCACCACCGAGCGACGUAAAUUUCUACAGUGUGGAGAUGGACAGUGGCCGUUAUACCGGAUAUGAAGCAAAUCCAAGCCCUGUACCGGUGAUGAACGAACCCGGUCCAGGUGCCUACUAUCCGUCCCUAGGAGGUCCAAUACAUGGAAAUCAAUUGCACACAACCGGUACCGGUACACUGACGAGGAACAGAACAUUGCCAAGACCGGUGCCCCCCCCAGACGUCACUGUUAUGACUGCCGGAGCAAAGUCACCAAUUCCCCCAUCGGUACCCCCCCCGCCAGCUACAUUUGCACGUGCGGGCCCCAUCCCCGUACAUUCCCACGGGCAUCCACUGUCAACUUUUACAUCGACACCUAGUUACUCGGAUAUCGAUGGACAUCUCGUCUGAAACUCGCUCAAUGUCUCGGUUGUGGCUAAUCAUCCAAUGCUGUCACCGGUCACAUCGAGGCUAGAUAAUAAAGUCAGGUCUGAACGUGUUACGCAACUUUAAUUUAUUUUAUAUUAUUUUAUUUAGGUGUAAAGAUGAAAAUAUUUGGAGGAAGGAUCCAUUGGUAGUUCGAUAUCACUGGAGAGUCGUGUAUCAUCCUGAUGGGUUUACUACUUCCGUUUACAUUAAUAGAAAGAAAGUCUUGAUGAAGGUGCAUGUUUUCUUGUAUCAAGAGACUCAUGACUAAAAAAUUGAUGAAGUCAUAAUUCCAUGCAAAACUUAAUCUAUUAAUUCAAUCAUUUUUGUUACAUUUAAAUUGAAGUCGUAAACUUAUUAGUGCGACAGGCAAAAGCACUUCUGAUUUUGAACCAUCAGGGAAAUUUUCCUUUAGCAGAAAAACUUAGCGCUCAUCUCGAGAAGUUCAAUUAAAUUUUUAUUGGAAUUCUAUGAGGAAUCCUAGCACUGAGUCUUUCGAAUAAAAUGUUUUUUUUUUGGGGGAAUUUCGGAAUCUGGAAAUUCUGUGGCUAUUGCCUUUGCUGCUUUAGUAAUGACCCAUUUUGAUCAUUUUUUUCAUUUUUGAACUUCUGAAAAAUUAUAUCAAACAUGGUAGAUAUCUAUCCUUGCAUUUCAAUUAAUUUAUAAACAAUUGGUUAUAGCCAUUAAUCAGUUAAAUUAAUGAAUUAAAAAUUGUUUAAUUCAUAACUAAAAGUUAGACAUAAUAAUAGUCUAUUUCUUUAAUUGUGUAUGUUGUAUUGACGAGUAUUUUAUAUUUUUUAUACUAUACUCGUAUUUUAUAACUCCAUUUCAUAAACAAAUUUAUCGAGUGUAUCCUUUUAAAGGAAACAAAAAAUUUAAAAACACAUAUUUCUCCUGUUGGAAAUAAAUUUCCAAACGCUGUUACCAAUGAAAAAAAUUGCGGUGAUAUAAAUUUUUUUUUAUUAAAUCCGACCCUAGUUUUCGACAGAAUCAAAAUAGGUAAUAAAAGAGCGCCAAACACGCAAGCUUGAUCGAUUCCGAAAUCCCUCCCUCGUUACGUACUAAAUUGAUGAUUCAUUACUUUGAUAAGCACUAAAAUUUGGUCAAUUAAUCCGUCAUUCGGCGGUUCGGCAUAAUCAGGAGGUCCAGUCCACAAUUAAACUGCACAAAAAAACGCACCUCCUGAGAAUUCAGUCACCAAUUCGUCGAAGUAAUGAUCCCAUCAAUCACGUCACCGAUUGCUUUAACUACCCAGUAAUUUACAAAAAAAAAACUGGCUUUGCACUUUCUGAAUGAGAAACGAGCAACGCAUAAUUCCGUGUACAUACUCGAUCAUAACGAAUUUUACACACUUGUGAAUCACACCUUUCGUCGGGCACACAAAGUCCUCAACUCCUGCGACGUAUUUUAGCCCUCACGAGCUAUCAAAGUCAAUAGGUGCAUAAAUUCUAUGCGAAGGGGUGAAGACAAAAAAAAAUAUGGGCUCUCCAUCAACGAAGGGAUUUCAAUUGAUUGUAAUAUAUUGUAGUGGAUUUUUUAACGACUCGAUUCCUCCCGUGUGGUGAUAAAUAUCCUCGGAUAGCAGAUCGAUAAAAGAAAAUUAGUCGAUAAGUUGUAAAUUUUUUUGUUCCAAUAGAGUAAGAAAGAAGUAUUGCUCCUGUCCUCUCCACAAAAGCUCGGAAAAUGAAAUUUUUUGCGCUCUCAGUUAACUGAAUAAUCACAAUACGAUACGUUAUAUUUUUUCAAUUUAUUUUAUAAAGUUUAAUCCGUGUAAAUAGAGAUAUACGUAAAUUUAAUGAAUAAUUAAACGUCUCUGAUUGAUAUCUCAACCAUUCAAAUAAAUGACAAAAUACCUAAUAACAAGAAUAAUAAUGAUAAUACGAAAAAACAAGUAAUGACAACGGAUCAUAUGAGGGUCUCACGAUAAUAUUGCAUUAUAAAAUACCGACAAACAUUUAAAAAAACAGAGAAAUAUUAUGAAGACAAUGACUAAAGCAUUUCUUUUCGUAGAGCAUAAGAGUGCACAGGCAUUUGAGGAUUAAUUUGCCAUUGAUUGAGACGUAUUUACUAUAAUUUUGUCAUUCCAAAAAAAGCCUAAGUAGUAUAUAUUUUUGAAAAGUACUAAAACGUGGAUGAGAAAAUUAUUGAGAGUAAAAUUUCCAUUUUCGUCUGUCUAUUAAAAAAAUGCAACUGCAGCAUGCAAUACACAUACGUAAUGGAAGAACUAUUGAACAUGAUGAGGUAAAAAAGCUGAAAUGUGAUGCAACUACUGCCUAAAAUUUAUUUUAAAACAUGUUUGAAAGUAGAGAAGAUAAUUUGCCAGACGAGUAAAUGUACCAUAACGCGAAGGUAAAUAGGACAUUCAGUAUAUUCAGUGGCCCGUAACGUCACAAAUAACACCAGAAAUGUGUGUUCCAUGCUCGGUUAGUAUUUUCGGAAAGUUUUUAGCGUAAAAGAGUAAAAGAAAAAAAGUGAGGAGAGAAAAAAAUUUAAAGGAAUUUAUGUAGACUACGCCGAAUGUUAUUUGAUUAUUGCAAUUAUUUGUUGAUGAAAAAUGAGUAAAAGUGGUUAGUAAUUCACAAGCUUAUUGAGACAUGUAUUGUUAUAAUGCUGUUGUGUGUGGAGUCGACAUUGGAUCGGCUUAGACUGAUGAUAUUAAAAUGAUGAAAAUGAAAAAAAAAUAAUUAAAAAAAAACAUUCACGUAUGCUCAAUUAGAGAACAUGUUCGCGCAUAAUUAAGAAUUCUAUUUACAUAUACAUGUUUUAUAUUUGUAAUUGACGGAAAAGGACAUUGAUUGACUGGAAUGAAAAUCAUCUAUACUAGUAUGACGUGGACGAGAACAAGAGAGAAAGAGAGAGCGAGAGAAAAACAAAUGGGUGAGAGUAAAUGAUAACAUUCGAUAGAUUAUGUAAUCUCCAAAGUAUUUGCUCAUCAAAGUGCUAGACAAGUUUAAGAAGGGCCGAUUAUUUCGUCCAUAAUAGUACCUUGGAGAUGGACAUAUACCAUCUGAUAAUGGCAUGAUAUUUCAUAUUUUACAUAAAGAGGUGAUGAAAAAUGAAGAUGAAAAAAAAAACAGAAAAUAAAAUUAACUCAUUAUUCCGUUGAUUAUUCUAAGGCAUAGUCAAUCCUAAUUAUACAAUCACUAAAGUAUGAUGAGUAAAUGAGAGGGAAAUAUUACGUAAAUAAUCGUUUUAAUGUGUAAAUAAUUGUAAAUAAAAUUUAGAUAGUUAUGAAGAAUUGAAAAAUGAUCAUGGUUAAAGACAAAAACUUAAUAACGAAUUAUAUCAAUGCUACGAGAGAAUUUUCAUCAAUGAUCGUAAGCUUUUUUGUAAUGCAUGAAUGAAUGAUAAUCACGUAAACACUUGUUAUGUUAUUUUUUAUUAUUUCGUUCGAACAGAAUGAAAUAUUCAUCGAUGGUGGUGGCCCCUCGAAGAUGCAGAUUAUCGUGGCAAAAUAGACAUUAAAAAUAAUUAUACUGCACCGGAACUCGUUUUAAAGAGAACAACAAUUAUAAAGUUAUUUAAUGUAACUCUCGGUCUUUCAAUUUUUCAAUUGUAUAAAUAUAUAUUCGCGAAUUGAUUGUCGCUCAAGAAAAUUUAAUAAAUGUUUGGAAAGCAUUAAAAUGUAAUUCGUUGAUGAAUUGGCAUGAGGUGAAUUGUUUGAAUAAUGACUCAAUUUUUUAAAGGGGGAGAAAAACAACCAAAAUAACAAAAAAAUAUUCGCAUUUUCUUUGAGAACGUACCAACAACGUGUAUUGGUAUGCCGCUUCCAUUUAUGUGCCAAUAAGUGAAUGUUUUUUGAUAAAAUAAUAUUACGAAAAUAUGGAUAAUUAUCAUACUGUUACAACGGCAAGAAACAUGGUGUCCCAGAUUCGAAAAAAAAAACAAAUUUAUGAGAUAUAAACGAGAAAUUCAUCUUUAAGUGUUAAGUGUGAAAUCGCGAUCACUCCAGGAGCAAUCAUCGCUGUUUUUCCAGGUACAACGUAAAUGUUGACAAAUGCUCUCCAAUUGUAUCGAUAUAAUUGUAAUUUAAUGAAUGAAUUACCCCUCCCCCAAAGCCCCCUCCCGUACCCACCAAAACUCAUCCAUUGGUAUACUAUAAUUACUGUACAUAUAUAUAGUAUUUUUACAUUCUAAUUCUAAAUUCAAUUUCCAAUUCUAAAUGGUACAUAAAUGAAGAAUCUGUGUGCUUCGUCUGUCAUCUUCGCAUCAUUCGACAAUCUAGAGAAAUCAUCACACGAAUUGACCCCAUUUUUGUGAUUAAUUACCCAAAUUUUACAUAAUACCACUUCAUCGUAAGAAUAAAAGGCGUGCAAUGUUCCAAAAAAAAAAAAAAAACACCAAAA